AUGGCGACGCGACCGUGGUCCGGGAAAGGGCGAAGGGACGCUUCGGCGACGCCCUCGACCGCGCGCGCGCGCGGUGGGACCGCGACGCGGGCGUCGAGGACGACGAGACGGUGGAGCGCGUCGAGGACGCGCGUGUCGGUGGGAUGCGUCGACGGCGACGGACGCGCGAUGGAACGGACGAACGGCGACGCGGGCGAGGGGGGGUGGCGCAGAGCGAUGUGCGCGGUGCGACGACGGAUCGAGGGGGGGGAUGAGGACGUGUACGCGAACGCGUUGGUGGAGGGGUGGGCGGAGGAUUGGACGGAUGAGGCGACGACGAGCGCGGAGGCGGCGCACGCGAUGGACGUGUUGGCGUUCAGACGCCUGAGCGCGAUGAUGAACGCGUACGAGAAGGGUACGGAAACGCAUGGGAUCGCGAGACAGGUCGUGGUGAUCACGGCUGGAGCGGAUACGAGGGCGUUUCGGUUGCCGUUUCCGAGCGGGACGGCGAUUUUUGAGUGCGCGGACGGAGACGUGCACGCGAAGACGGCGGCGGUGAUGAAGAGUGUCAUGGCGAAACCGUCUCGAGGGUGCUCGCACAGACGAGUACCGGUGGAUGUCACGGGAGAAAGCGUCGAGUACGGCGACUUGGAGGAUCGUUUGGAGCGCGCCGGUUACCGCCCGGACGUGCGCUCGGUGUGGUUGGCGCAAGAUUUACACGGCUGGGAUCACACUCGUCUGGCGAAUUUUAUAACGGAGACCGCUGAUUUGAUGACGACUGGCAGUGAAAUCAUCAUCGACGCCACGCCGUUGAAUUCGAGUGACGACAUCAUUCGCCGAGAGUUCGCGACAAACGGAAUCAUGCCAGAGGUGGUACGAAUUCCAGCGGAUGAUGGUAGAGACGCCAUACGCCUCAUCUUAGGGCGAGCGCAGCGCGUGUCCCUCAAAGAGUCUGAAUACUAUCAUGAACAGCUCCGUUUGGCCGAGGACGAGGCCGAUGAAGACGGCUUUGAAGAUUAA